AUGACGAAACUGAAUAUCGAAUUGCACCUCACGUUUGUGCCUAGUUUUCAGAACCAAGCCGAUGCCCCCUCACGACGCCUUACCCUGCAAGACGCUAAAUUAUGCCCAUCCUUAUGGGUAGUCGUACAAGAAUUGUAUGGCGGCGAGGAUGGAAACUCUGUCGACUUAAUGGCGCGUCCCUCAAACGCUCAAUCCGACUUAUCAGGUGCUCAGUUACCGUUUUUCUCUGAGACUCUUCUGCCUGGAUCCCUGGGAGUAAACGUAUUCGCGCAGUCUCCUGACCUUUAUGAUGCGUCCAUAUUUAAGAACCCUUACGUGUUUCCAUCGAUCUGCCUUAUACCUCACGUUAUCCAGUAUCUGCGAAGCUUGCAACUAUCCUACACCAUCGUGAUUCCCGACGUAUGUUUAAGGCGUUUUUGGUGGCCCUUGUUAGCGUCUACAUGUUCGGUGCGACACCUUUUAGCCGUUGCCGGAACCGUUGGAGCUCUCCUCACGCCCUCCAGAAUUGGGUUUUCAAACCAUUGGCCUAUCCCUUGGGAUCUCUGGGUUUUCCGCAUCGGACAGGAGUAGCUAGUGCACUGGGCGAGCAAAGGACAUUUAACUGUUUUUGGAUAUGCCUCUUCCGUCCGAUUCAUAAUUUCCUGUUAUGUAAACUAUUGAAACGAAUGUUUUGAAUAAAUCAUUCUUGACAAGAAUGUCGGUUGACUGUUAUUUUAUAAUCGCAUUUAUAAUUAUUAUCUCUCCUUUUCUUUUGAUUUUCUUUAUGACCUACCUUUCGCUGUGCGAGCGUUUGUUCCGGUUGUGUCAUGUCCCUCGUGCAGCUACCCUAACGACAAUCUGUUCCUUUUUUGCCAAAUGUGCGGCUACCGGAGGAAAACGAAUUCCCAAAAUGUUCCGACUUCUAAAAUUUCAGUCGACCUUCAAGCCAUAGAUAACCGUUUAGAACAACUUAAAAGUACCUCCCUACAGUCAGCAUACUCAAAACAGAAGUGUUCACUUCGCACAGAGUUCGAAAAAUUCUUGGCAUCUCUUCCGAAUAGUAAAACCAUCCUUUCAGCAAGCCCUACGGAUAUUAAUCGUUUCUUGGCCUGGAAAGACCAGCAUGAUAAAACGGUAGUCCAUAGUGAUGGGUGUUCCGACUCUCACCUCCAAAGUACCGCCAAGUGCAAAUGCCCUAAACGCCUGGCAUUCAAAACAGUCGACUCCUACAUCGGAAAACUACGAGCUAUAUUUAAGGAAACCGGACGCUGCGGUGAAUGGAACUCUAUGUUAGGCUCAGGCAAUCCUGCCGCUUCGCCAGAAGUACAAAAAUAUCAGAAGGCAUCAACAGAGGAACCAUUGCAAGCCCGCAUCGCGCCAAAGCAAGCAGUCCCCCUAUAUUCUUUGCGUGUAACUGAGCUUGGGUGA